GGCGUUCUCCUGGCUAUGUCGGAGCCUCUGCCAGCGUUCUUCGAUCGGCUAUGGGGGCCGUGGCUGGUUACUCGGAUCCCGCCUCUGCGGACCGCCACCGCCUCCCCUUCCAAGAGUUUUCUUGGAGGAUUUUUCGGUCCCAUUUGUGAGAUCGACGUUGUCCUUAAUGAUGGGGAAACCAGGAAAAUGGCGGAAAUGAAAACUGAAGAUGGCAAAGUAGAAAAGCACUAUCUUUUCUAUGAUGGAGAAUCUGUUUCAGGAAAGGUGAAUGUAGCCUUUAAGCAACCUGGAAAGAGGCUAGAGCACCAAGGAAUUAGAAUUGAAUUUGUAGGUCAAAUUGAGCUUUUCAAUGACAAGAGUAAUACUCACGAAUUUGUAAACCUAGUGAAAGAGCUAGCCUUACCUGGAGAACUGACUCAGAGCAGAAGUUAUGAUUUUGAAUUUAUGCAAGUUGAAAAGCCAUAUGAAUCUUACAUCGGUGCCAAUGUCCGCUUAAGGUAUUUUCUUAAGGUGACAAUAGUAAGAAGACUGACAGACUUGGUAAAGGAAUAUGAUCUUAUUGUUCACCAGCUUGCUACCUAUCCUGAUGUCAACAACUCUAUUAAGAUGGAAGUGGGCAUUGAAGAUUGUCUACACAUUGAAUUUGAGUAUAAUAAAUCAAAGUAUCAUUUAAAGGAUGUGAUUGUUGGAAAAAUUUACUUCUUAUUAGUAAGAAUAAAAAUCCAACAUAUGGAGUUACAACUGAUUAAAAAAGAGAUCACAGGAAUUGGACCCAGUACCACAACAGAAACAGAAACAAUUGCCAAAUAUGAAAUAAUGGAUGGUGCACCAGUUAAAGGUGAAUCAAUUCCAAUAAGACUAUUUUUAGCAGGAUAUGACCCAACUCCAACAAUGAGAGAUGUGAACAAAAAAUUUUCAGUAAGGUACUUUUUGAAUCUAGUCCUUGUUGAUGAAGAAGACAGAAGGUACUUCAAGCAGCAGGAGAUCAUUUUGUGGAGAAAAGCUCCUGAAAAACUGAGGAAACAGAGAACAAACUUUCACCAGCGAUUUGAAUCACCAGAAUCACAGGCAUCUGCUGAGCAGCCUGAAAUGUGAACUGAAUGGGAGAAAAAAAAGAAGAAAAAACCUCCUAUAUCCGUUGAGAUUUAGGUUUGGCAGGUUAAAGAUGGUUGCAGCGUGUAGGGCAGGGAAAAGGCCAAAACUCCAUUUAUGAUAGUCUUCCUUUAUCUUACAGUGCUGAAUUUAUUUUACGACAUAACUGUUCUUCAUGUAUAUACAUUUAAAAAAGUGCUUUCUUUGAAACACUGGAACUUUCUUAAACUGCCGUUUUUUUUUUUUAUUUGUUUUUUUAACUGCACACUUUGAUUUGAUCAUAAGCACUCAGAUAUACAUCAGCAUAAACAUUAUAUUUUCAUGUGAGUAGGUUGAUAUUUGUACUUGUGCUUUUUUUCUGCAUAAUGUUGAUUAUAAAUUCUUUUCUUCUUUCUUAUGCUAAUGAUUACCUCUUACUCUCUCUACAUGCAAAAAAAUUUGUGUUCAAAUAAAAUUAGAAAACCUGAGUGGCCCUUACAGCCUGCAAAGAUUUAAAACACGGCAUCUCAAUAUUUUUGAAAACUACGUUUAUGUUUUUCUAUAUGUGUUUGAGAAAUGCAUAUGAGUGUUUCACUGUAGGUGCCUCUGAGUCUACCAUUCCAUGGCUUCCUGAAUUUCGUUCUCUUUGAAAUCUUCUGUGGCAUAUUAAAUUUUCCCCCAAGGGAUAAUGUAGCAUGUCAUUGCAGCAUUUUGGGGGCGGGGACCAUAUUAAGGAACCAUUUUGCUACUGCUAUCCAGCAGGUACCACUGUUAUGUUUUCUGCAGUGUGGAGUGGAUUUUAUGUUGGCAGUUAGGGAUUUGUUAAAACUAUAUGAUUGUUCCAUAAUACUUUGAAAAAAGUUUUUUUUUUGAUUUAAGGAAUCUUUUUAGCACAUGUACGCAAAUAUAAACUUUGUUGCAAAUAUUCUCUUUUCCAGAGAAAAUUGGAGGAUGAGGGCACUCAGAACUGGUGAAGCAUGUAGUUACCCAGAUCUGGACAAUUUCACAUUUGUUAAAUCAGAACCUUGACUAGUUCAAACUCAGAUUUAAACUUCUUUGUCCAUUAUGUUUAAAUUUUUUUAACAUUAAACUCAAGCAUUGUUGAAAGCCUCUAAAAAAGAAGGUUGCAGUCAUCUGUUUUUAUGCUAUGCAUGGGGUCUGAUCUCAGAUACACUAAAUACGGGGCAUAGGAACUAAAACCUGAUGUAUGAAACUACUUUCACUUAUGGUUCAUUGGUUUUUGUACCAAUAUUUUUUUAUACACUUCAGUGCAAGUCUUGUCAGUUAACCUUACUUUAUGAGUAAACUAAGUAACCCAAAUUACAUUUCUUUAAGCCUAUUUUACUACUGUGGCUCUUUGAAAAAUGGUUAGUAACCAACUUCUUAACUGGCAAAAAGUUCCAGUGCUGCAGCACUGGUUAUAAAUGUGGAUAUCUGUGAAUGAUAAUGUUUUCCUUCAUGUAAGUGCCUGUUCAGAGUUUCAGAAUUUUAAAAUGCCAAAUAUUUUCAUGGUCACUUGCAUGUAGUAAUCUGGAAAAUAUUCAAAGAAAAAUUGAAAACCAGUUGUAUUUAACCAGUCUCAAAUUGUGCAACCAUGAUGUAUAAUAAAGAAUUUGAAACAGAUAUUAAGCUUGCUAUUUGAAUGAUUAAAAUAUUUAUAUUCUGAAA